GAUUAACAGGAAAAGCUUUUGAGUUAAUGUACAUAAGACAUUUCUAGACAUUCCUGGCUCGAUGCCAGUGUUUAUUCCUUUAUGGGAAGCUUGUUAUAUUUUCUGCUGGCCUUCCGCCUAGAGUUCAUGCGGUUUUCUCUAUCCUGUUCUCGCCAUUACGAAACUCGAAAGCGAAAAUAAAUAUUUUCCAGUUUCCUGAGUCAUCCGGCGGGCAGACGGCUCGGUCACAGUACCGAAUCGGCGCCAAAGCAGAGAACCGGGUCACGAACGUCUUCGCCUUCAGACCCACCAGACCGGGCACAUCCUCGGGGCACCAACAGCCAUCGUGUUACAGAAAAACUGAGCUGCGGUCACGGAACCGAGCACGGGGUCGCAGGCAGGAGCUGAAUCUUACUGAACGACCUUUGGGCAGAGGUGAGCGAGGAAAAACGCGAAACCACGUCUACACUGGUGAUGCUUAUGUGGUUGAUCUUCUUUUAAUUCGACAGUAGGAACAGAAGGAAAUGGCCAGGACAGCUGAAAACAACCCUGGCACCGAUCUUGCGGCAGAGCUUGAGAAAGCUGGCCUGGACGGAGUUUAUUGGUCACAGGUUUUUAAAGAUGUCCUGAGUGUCCGAAACACAAGAGCACUGCAGUAUCUGGGAGACAAAGAUUAUGAAAAACUGAAAGGGCACAGCACACACGAAUGGGAAAGAGCGGCCCUGCGGGAGAUGCUGGGUUUAAAGAAAAAACAACUAGAGAAGCAGGACCCUUUGAUGAAGAGAGUAGAGCAGGUGAAACGGGAUCUGGCUGAGCUCCAGAAACUGCACAGGGAAGGCAUAGACCGAAACAGUGCUCUGGUGAAAGAACGGGAAGAGAAGAUCCGCUCAGCUCUUGACAUCCCCCAGGAGUGCUGGGUACCUGCUGGACAACCUCUGAAAAACCUGGUGGAAAAUCUGCACAAACAGCUUGGUCUUCUGGAAGGCUCCUCCCUGUCUUCCCCCGGAAACGUUGCUGAUGAGGAGGUGUUAAGAAGCGCGUCUGGAGGCUUGGCUCUGGAGGGAGUGUACUGCACCAGGAAUCUGGAGGACAUGGUGGAGAAGAGAGAGCAGCUCAUUGAGGUCCCUGAGGGCUUCACUCUCAGUGGACCCCAGCACAGCUCCCUUUAUGAGCAGGAAGAGUUUUCGUCUUAUCAAACGCAGACGCUUUUCCAGAAGGUCGUGGAGAAGCUCGGCUACACAUUCAGGUGCUCAGUGAAAGCUGGAUUCAAGGCCUUUUCUAUUGAAAACACAGCUGAAAAAUCACACUCUACAGAGAAGGAGAAAUCAAGCAAAUCCUCGUCUGAACACUCCUACAUAUGGAAAACAAUGUUCAAUUAUGUACCACUGGCAUCCAGCUUUCUUGAGAAGGAUAAACUGAAGCUGUCAAGUGCUGCCAUGAGAGACCUCAGAGACAUAGAAACAGUGCUGUUAAACACUGAUGAGGAUGACGUGACCCUUUUGUUAAUAGAAAGAGUUGUUCAUUUUUUCCAGAGAUUUGGUUCCCAUGCUAACCAGGGUCCUCUUCACUUUGGUGGCGUCUUCUGGUGGAAGGCCUCUGCUGAGGGUUUCAGCAGCAGUGAUCUUACAAAGAUGAACAGCCUGACAUCCGAAGCCUUAAAUAUCUAUGUUGGCGCAGGAUACAGUGGACUAAUGUCAUCCAUUUCAAUCGGAGUGAGCACCUCUGCAACAGAGCUGAAAGGAUCCUUUACUGGGAAUUACACAGAAACUCAGAUGAGUAAAGUGAAGCUUUCUGUCACUAAAACUGGGGGUCCUGCUCAAACCGACAAUCACCUGCAGUGGAAAUGUGCUCUGGUCAGCAGUAACAGAACAUGGCAUGUGAUAGACAGAGGAACCAGGCUGAUUCCUGUGUGGGACAUCAUCCUAUCUGCUCACACACAAGACUUCAAAGACCCUUUCAAACUGAGCAGCUGGCUUGUGGAGGCUUACAGAAGGAUCACAGGGCAGGAUGCAGACCUGAUGUCAGGAGAGAACGUGCUGUCAGCAGAGAGACAGGCUCAGGCACUGAUUCAGAAGGUGAACUGGGCUGUGUCCAACAGUAAACAGAUUCUGACUGAUUUACUGCAGUUCAAGAUAAAACUGAGAGAAAAAACGGGAUCCCACAAAAUCUGGUUUCAGACCUGUCUCUCAAACGAGGACAUGCAAGAGUUUUUGUUGGAAGCUGUUAAAAAGCACAAUCCUGAGGAAGCAAUAAACCUGAGAAUGGUGGUGCGCUCUCUCAUGGAGCCUCACCUGUACACAGUGAAAAACUUCCCUAACAGAGCUGAAAUCAUGAAAUGGGUAUACCACAACAAGGAGGAAAUACACAGAGAUAUUUCUGUUUCGGAGUUCUCUGAACUGGCAGAAAUCCUGAAGCAAACAAAGGAGGAAUUGCAAGAUUCCAAAUUUGCACUCAGUGACUCUGUAAACAUGCGUGAGGCCAAAAUCAAAGCCACCUAUACCAUCACAUUCUCCCUGACCUCCUUGCGGCAGACUUUAGUACAGAACAAUGAGGAGGAAACAGAGCUGCUGGUACUUUCUAUCAUCACUUCCUUAGGAUACAGCUUGAAGAAUAAAACUUUCAAUUAUCUUCUGGACUGGAAAGACGUUGAUGUUUUAGAAAAUGAGCUCCAGAAGGCUUAUGACAAGUACUGCUCUCUGAAAGAACAAGCUCCUGCAAGAGCUCAGGCCUACUUAGUGCUGACAGCUCUGACAGUAUCCAGAGAUGAACAGUCAGUCUCCUCACAGGACAAAGAAAAGCGACUACAGUUCCUAAAAUCACAGCUGAAAGACAAAAUGUAUCCUGAUGUGUUCUCGGCAGUGGCUUAUGUAAAUGAACAGCAGGACUGGGAAAGACUUCAGCAAGAACUAAUGUUCAUUAUUGAGAAGAAGGGGACAAAUGUUGGAACGGAAGAAAUUGUGAAAGACCUGAAGAAUUUAACAUGCUCUCAGGAGGUCUCUUUCUCGGAGAGCAGCCACUCAUGUUACGAUGUGUCCCAGUCCUCAGUCCAGCAGGACUGUCAUCCAGACACAGUGAAAGAACACUCUGGUAAGGCUGUGAAUAACAAAACAGAUGCUUUUAUGAACCUGCUACAAAAACUUGGGCUCAGGGAUUCAUAUCCAUGUAGGAUGAAGAAAACUGAUGUGCUUGUUAUCAACAGUUUGUCAUGCUGUGCCAGCCAGCCACAAACUGAGAAGGACUUGUGCUUUCAUUAUCUCUACAAGCUCAUGAUGUUGGACUAUAGUUACAGGAGUAUGUUUCUUAAAGUUCGUGUGGCUGAAUCUGUCAAAAGGUCUACACCAAGCCAAAACGCAAUCGAUGCCAUCAUAUGCAGUGAUGACUUUUUCAAUCCUGGCGUCCAGAAUUUCACUACCUGUGAUGACCAAGACUCUGAUAAAGUGACACACAUUCACCCCAUGGACGUCCACAUGGCUGUGUUCCACUGCUCUGGCAACUUUCUGAGGCCGUACCUCUUCUCAAAGGUCUCCACCUGUCAGUUCGCCUUACCCCUCCUGGUGCCUAGCCCCUGUACUGGGGCAGUGGAGUUCCCUCUGUGGGCCCUGAGACAGAUCAAGAGAUCAUGGUGCAGUAAGGAGUCAUCUGAGAGAGGCAGCACUGUGAAACACAACAGCAAGGACAUGUUUGAAACUGAAGUGCCAACUGUAUCCUUCAUCCGGCUGGGAUCAUCCUCUGUCUCCAAAUCCCAGAUCCUGAACAACAUCAUCAGCCCAAAGAAACACAAUGUGUUUUUCCAUCGGCACUGCAGAGGUGGCUCCCCAGACUGCCUACUCAUGGAUGGGGUGGUGGAGAUCACUUGGUACUGUCCAGGAGGCAGGAAGGACGAUGUGUUUGAAAACUGUGUGGCUUUUCUGAACCUCCACGGUGAUGCCAGCAAACACCCAGAACAGCUGCAGUUUCUCCAGGAGGUCAGCACUAUCAUUGUAGUUCUGAUCUCAGAGACUUCACUGGAUGAAGACAUGAAGAAGAUAGCUCAAACUCUUUUAAACUCUUCUGUCCCCUUGAUUUGUCUAUUAGCUGGAAUGGAGAACGUUCCCCAUUCAAACAAUCCGACCAGAGUACGACUGGCAGCUAAGAGCAGGAAUGAAUCUGAUCUGACUGAUGAGAUCAUUUCACACAUUAAACACAUUCUCUCCACUCACAGCACAACUGCCAGCUUGCAAACAGUCUUACAGGCGGCGAGACGGCAGUUCAGGGUGGAUGAAGACUAUAAAUCCUGCAGAGAAGGGAAGGAAAAGGCCCAGAUUUUAUUGGGGCUGUUGAAAGAAAAUGAGUUGUUGUGCAUCAAGGAGAAUCUGUUACCACUGCAGGGUGAGCUGUGGCAUAAGUGGUGCAUGAAGGACAAAGAACAGCAUCGUUUGCACAGCAAAGCAAAUAAAAGCAUCGAACAGCAGGUGAGCGAGAUCAGAGCUGAGAAAAUAGCCCUCCGCCGUAAACAGCUGAAGAAAGCCUUCCCUCUCAAUGAUUUCAUGAGAUCCUUCCUGGAGUGUUUAACCUCUGAAGAUUCACAAGAUAAUAAACUGUUCAUGCUGCAGUGGCUGAGAAUGUAUCUAGACGAACUGACCACAGACACCCUGACUGAGCUUCAAGAGAAAUACCACUCCACAUGGACAACACUGAGACAGAAAGAAAAGACUAAGGACAAGGAGCAGGAGACGAAACUGCAGAAAGACUUGAGCUCAAUAUCUGAACAGAUUAGUGCAGCUACACUUGGACUUCAACACCUCAUGAGAGAAAUUGCUCAGUUGUACGAGGCAGUUCAAUUAGAAGGACAGGGUCUAGAAGAUUACAGAUGGCAUGCUAAUGUCCUUCCUGCUAUUGGAGUGGAGAUCUUGAUUUCAGGAUAUCCUCUGGAGCUGAUGGACGGAGAUGCUGCUCAUGUGCCUCUGGUAUGGAUUGAGGCCGUGCUGGACAAACUCACUGAGAGACUUGAAAACGGAAAGGUGUUUGUCCUCUCUGUCAUUGGUGUCCAGAGCUCAGGGAAGUCCACAAUGCUGAAUACAAUGUUUGGCCUGCAGUUCACAGUUAGUGCUGGAAGGUGUACCAGGGGAGCAUUCAUGCAAUUAUUGAGAGUGAGUGAGGAUGUCCGAGCCCAGCUGCAGUAUGACUUUGUCCUUGUGGUGGACACAGAAGGACUUCGAUCACCAGAGCUCAGUAAUAAAGCCACACUGAGCCACGACAAUGAAUUAGCAACUUUUAUUAUUGGGAUUGGUGACAUAACUCUCAUCAACAUCAUGGGAGAGAAUCCAUCUGAAAUGCAAGACAUUCUCCAGAUCUGUGUCCAGGCUUUCCUUAGAAUGAAAUCUGUCCAGAUAAAACCUAAUUGCAUUUUUGUGCACCAGAAUGUGGCAGAAGCUUCAGCAAAUAACAUGAAUAUGGAGGGAAGGAGGCGUCUACAGGAGAGCCUAGAUGAAAUGGCUCGCAUUGCAGCCAGAGAAGAAGGCUUUGAAAUUACUGGCUUUGGUGAUAUAAUCCAGUUUGAUGUGGAGUCACAGGUUUACUACUUCAAAAACCUUCUGGAAGGAGAUCCUCCAAUGGCUCCUCCCAACCCCUCCUACAGCCAGAAUGUCCAGGACCUGAAGAUGAAGCUGCUUACUGUCGCUCAGUGGAAGCCAGGAGUGAAGUUUCCCUUAUUGUCAGACUUUAAAUUACGGAUCCGAGAUCUCUGGAAUGCCCUGCUGGGGGAGAACUUUGUUUUCAGCUUCAGAAACACUUUGGAAAUGAUGGUUUACAGUAAACUGGAGGACAAGUAUGGAGAGUGGUCAUGGAAGAUGAGAAAACGAGCCUUGGAGGUACAGAACAGACUGCGCAACCAAAUUACGAAUAAAAUUAUUCAUGGUGUGACAUCAACAGAUCUGAUGAGAGAAUUUGAUGAGGUCUACAGAACCCUGACAGAUGAAAUAGAGAAGUACUUUAAAGAGGAAAAGUACCAGGAGAUCUUAAUUAAUUGGAAGGUGAACGUUGACAAGAGAUUUGAGAGCUUGAGGAAUGAGCUCAUUGAAGAAAAUCGGAAGCAGUGCAGUGAGCUGAUCAGACUCAAGAAAUGCAGAACAGAGCUGGACAGGAAGAAAUCAGAAUAUGAGGCAGAAUUGAUUACAAUGAGCAAAGAUCUGGCAUCUAGACUGAAGGAGCAGAAGCUUAGCGAUAAGAAAAUGGAGGAGCAGUUUGACAGACUCUGGGUGAACUGGGUGACCAGAGUGUCCUCAGAACAGCCCCCUGAGCAACAGCUGAAUGUCAAAGCCAGAGUGGAGAACAUCCUCCUGGACAAAUUCAAGAACCAGGGAGAUGUUAUCAAUACGAUUGUGAAGAGAGAGAAAAUUUUCCAGUUCAAUAAGAAAAAACACAUGAAACAGACCUGGUAUCAAAAAGCAUGGAACACAGUUACUUCUCAUGACCCACAGUGGGAGAUUCAUGGGAAUGAACUCACUCAACAAAUACGAACCAAUGUCAAUAAAUACAUGGAGAAGAAAGAAAAUGAAAAGGUGGAUUUCAAUGACAACUUCAUCCAUGAAAUACUUGGGCUUAUAAAAGGAGACAUAAAUGAAUAUGAAAAAUUCUUAGAACAAAACAUAUUCACAAACGAGUACGAGUUUGAAUUGUCUGUCCAUCUGUGCACCACGGUCGUGGGACGGUUUGAGAAAAUGCACACAGCCUUCAAGAGAGCCAAUGAUCCUCUGAUUUACCUUGAGAGUAAGAGGGAUGAGUACCUUGACUGUUUUAAGAGCUUUUGUAAAGGAGCCACAUCUGUCAGGUUCUUUGUAGAUUUUUUGUGCAAACGCCUCAAGCCAGCGAUUCAGCAGGAAGUGUGUGAUAAAACCUGCAUCCAGAUUACCGAUAAAAUGAAAUCGAACUAUCCAGCUUUUAAUGGUAACAGAUCCAAUCUGGAAAACCACAUUCUGAAACACCUCGCUGAGCAGGAGGACUUUGACUCCUAUAUGGAAUAUAUUAACCACCCAAAGCAUUAUUUUGAAAGGUUCAUCGGGGAGCGUGUUGAGAGAUACUGUGAAGACAACAAAGAUCAGCUGAAAAAGAUGUUUCUUACCAAUCUGGAUGAUCUAGUGCAGCAGAUCUUAAGAGAGAGCACUAUGGUCACUGCAGCCGUGAAGGAGAAGCAGAGCGGCGCCUCCGCGUGGCUGGAUGAAUUCUGUGCAGCAGUGGGAGACCAUGUGUCGCUCCCCCGAGAGGAAUUCACAAACAUUGAAAAUGAAGUUGUUAAAGACCUGCAGUUUCUCGGAGAAAUGAUGGCCCGUUCUCUUGGUGAGAUACUGGAAAACCUUAAGAAAGAAAACAGCAGAAUUGACUUAACAAUGUUCAGACAGAGACCUGAUGAGAUUCUGUGUAAGGCCCUCAGUGGGUGCUGGGAGCAGUGUCCCUUCUGUAAAGCCAUCUGUACUAACACCAUCCUUAACCAUAGUACUGACCACAGUGUCCAAUUUCACCGUCCUUCAGCUCUGGCCGGCUGGUCUUUCUAUAAAACAGAUAAUUUUUCACUUUAUUUUUGCACCACAGCAGUUACCGCCGAUAUCUCAUUCAAGUCUUGUAAAGGAUGGAUUCCUUUCAAGCAAUACAGAACUGCUGGAGCCCCUUAUGACAAAUGGAGCAUCACUUCAGAUGGCAGCGAACAGUCCUACUGGAAAUGGUUUAUCUGCACUUUCAGAUCACAGCUGGAGAAGAAAUAUGGGUACAAAUUCACAGGCCUGGGUAAAAUCCCUGCCGAUUGGGAAAGAAAAAAAGACGCGGCACUAAAAGAUGUGCAGUAGACAUACAUCAGUGUAAGUAUUAAGGGAUUGUAGAACAUCGUUGGUCAUGAUCUAAAUCACAGAUUCCUUAGAGUGAAAUUAAAUAUUGAGGCUCCGAAAGCCUAAUGGUUUCAAGCAUAUUACUUAGGUUAGUUCACAUUAAAAAGUCACAGAAAGCUUUCACAUUGUUGAAUAGUAUAGAUUUCUGCAAACCAUGGUGAUUUGUUUUAACUCUUCUUAGAUUUUACCUUCAAACUGUAUCUGGACAUUUGUUAUUUGUUCACAUUACUAGUAAUUAUUUGAAUGAUCACUGUCGGACACCUCGCACCGCAGAAUUACCAGGGUGUGGUGUGUCAAAGCAGACUUGCUGUGUAGGAAAUUGUAGCGGCCAGGCAAAAUAUUAUACUAAGAAUGAACUGUUACUAAAGAUUUAAUUUUUCUGUUGCUUUGAGAAAGCACUUUGGACCUCUUUCUAUAACAGCUAAAAGGGGCCUUUGUGAUAAGAAGCAUACAGUAUCUCAGGUUUGUAACACAGACAAGGACAUGAUCAAACUGGUGCAUUCUGCAAAGCCCCAUCAAUAUAUGCCAGGACAAGAGAGCGAGUCAGUAAACACCAGUUCUGCAUCAUGGCUCUUCUCAGUCUGAGACCCAUUACUGUGCAUAAGAGGUCCAUCACCCAUAAGAUGACCAAACAAUGAGGAACCUGCAGAGUGGAUAGAAAAACUACACCUAAUAAUUGUCCUAAUAACCUAAUAACCAUGCAAACUGACAGUCCAAGUCAAGAAGUCCAAGUCAAGACUUUCUUCAAGGUGCCAAGCCUAGAGAGCGCGUCAGUAAAGAGCAGAGUUCUACCCACAGUUCUCUCUGCAACAGAAGAAAUCUGUUUUGCAAACCAAUUGUUGUUUUUGUCUGAUCAAAGAAAUGAAGACAGUUGGUCUUAUUUGUUGACAUUCUGAAUAACAGAGCUUUUUCAGUAAAGGUAUAACCAGGAUCAUCGGAGCUUCUCCCACCCUUGUGACUGGAUCCGAGCAGACCACUGUGCACAGACCUAAAAAAAAAAAACUUAACUUCUGCAAAAUGCUACAGUACCUGCAUUGUAGAGCUGCCCUCAGCAAAUGCUAAAAUGCUAAAGAGCUCCCUCUCUCUCUUUCUAGCACUGGGACACUCUCAGAAUCACCUGCUUGCUCUGUGCUCGAUCACAGACAACACAGCCCAGCUCCGUCUUCAGCAGGAAGUUCAAAACUCACCAAAACCCAAAAGCUCAGGACUCACAUUACAACUCUCAAGUGUGAAACUAUUAUUCCAAACGUGCUUGAUUUAGCUAAUUAAUAUAUACUAGUCUAUGAGAAUAUGAAUGUGAUUAUCUAUAUAGAAGACUGAUAUAACCUAUUGGGCAAAUAAUAAGUAUUACGUAUAAUCAUAUCAAUAAGUGUUAUAGUCAUACAUAUUAACUCUGACAUUACUAAAUUAACUGUGACAUUACUAAUUCUUGUCUUUGAAAUCCCAGACAGAAUGAUUUCUCUUUUGUCUGUUUUGUUGCUAUAUCAAUAAAAUGUAUGUUGUCUAUUUAGAA